UAGAUUUCCCACCCCUGGGUUUAGAAUUGCCACCCCAUUUAAAAGUGGGGAAAAACCAAUAUUGCCCCUCCGUGUUUUAGUCCGAAUGUAUAACAUUCGGACUCCUCCGAAUUUUCAAAUGUCGGACUCAGUUAAUAAUAGAACAAAACUAUCAAUUCAGAUUCACAUUUGUAACGGGACAGAACAUCAACUCUCGGACUGGUUCAGGAGAAGCGACCCAGAGGCACCCAAAUCGACCCACACAUCACGACCAAAAGCAACCAAGAAUCAUCUGUGAUUCAAAACCGACCACACUGAGGUAAUUUGUUGGAAUCCACGACCAAGAAUCAUGUGUAUUUUGAAUCAUGUGUAUUUUGAUGAGUUAGUGUUGUGAUUUCAAAUUUAGGGUUUCAAAUUUAGGUAUUUCAGAUUAGGUUAGGUUUCGAAUCCCUUUUUAUGAGUUGAUUUGGUGAAAUUUCAUUCCUAUUGUGAUUUCUGGGGUAUAUGGGGUUCUGAGGUGCGAAUUUGGGGAUAUUCGUACUCCGAAUCUUGAAGAUUCGGACUGGUUCAGGACUUCAAGAUUCGGACUGGUCCAGGACUUCAAGAUUCGGACUUGAGAGAUUCAGUACUGUCUCUCCUAUUGCUUCUGUUAUUGUUUUUCAUGAUAAGAUGAAUGGGGUGAAGAUAAUUUCCAUGCUUUUGGCUAUCUUAGGGUAGUGGUUAAGGACAUAACCAACUUGAGAUUUCACAUUUGAAUUUCAUAACAUUAUUUGAAUUGUAUUGAAAUUUCAUAACAUUAGUUUACUGUGUAUACUUGUGGAUUGCUUCAACUAGUUAGUUACUCAUUACAUAGCUAUUAAUCUGUUUUCCUUAUUUUUUCUGAUAGAUUAUGGCGAGGACAAAGCAAACUAAGAGGGUAUCGUCUGAAGAGUUGGCCGAUCGUCGUGCCUAUCUCCACGCUUCUCAUAGGCGAGGUGAUCAUGAUACAGAUGUGUCGACUUCUCGGAAGCGGGCUAGGAAGGGGGCUCCGAAGGCGACCACUGAGGUUCCUGCCCCUGCUACUGAGGUUCCUGCUACUCAGGUUCCUGAUACUGAGGUUCCUGCCCCUGCUACUGAGGUUCCUGCUACUCAGGUUCCUGCUACUGAGGUUCCUGCUCUCUCGACGCCUGAGGUUACUGCUACUGAGGUUUCUCCUCAGUCGACGCCUGAGGUUACCGCCCACGAUACUGUUGAGCCUUCCACCUCUUCACUUGAUAUUGAUGCAGUUGAGGAGUCGGAGUCGGAGUCGGGGUCGGAGUCGGGGUCUGAGUCUGAGAUUGAGGGUGAGGAUGUAGAGGUAGAGGAUCCGAAUAUGCCGCCGCUCCAGAGAGAUCCACCGUUUCCUGGUGGGCCGGUUGAGUUGUCACUUCUGCAGCAUUACCCGGAUCACAUAGCGCCGUGGACGUGGCAUACCCUACUAGGCACCACUGACCCUCGUUAUUCUGAGCGAGGUGAUUUGAGGCUUGCCACUGCUGGUACGAAGCUCGGGCUGAUGACGUGUGAGGGGGACAAUUACAGGGAGGUCCGCUUGAUUGUGGAGAGGAGCGGACUGUAUCCACUGGUCAGGUGCAGCUAUGUAGAGACGGAUCCAGGGCUUAUAUCGGCCCUUGUGGAGAGGUGGCACGAGGAGACUAGUAGUUUCCACAUGCCAUUUGGGGAGAUGACUGUCACCCUUGACGACGUCUCCGCUCUUCUUCACAUCCCGGUUGGUGGGAGAUUCUACACUCCAGGAGUGGCCUCGAGAUAUGAUGUGGCAGAGACCUGCGCUUUGCUGUUAGGGGGGGAUGCAGAUUUGUACAUGGCUGAGUUUGAUAAGCUUAGGGGUCCGACUAUGAGGUUCAGCUUCUUGCGAGACCUUUACCCGAAAGCUGUUGCAGAGGGGCGGUACGAGCAUGCAGCCAGGAUGUACCUGAUGCAUCUUGUUGGCGCGACAUUGUUCGCCGACAAGAGUGGGGGGCACUCAUUCUCCGCCCGUUGGAUAGGCAUGCUACAGGAUCUUGAGCGGGUGUCGGAGUUCGCGUGGGGCGCCAUGGCCCUUGCCACGUUGUACGACCAGCUUGGACAGUCUUCUCGCAGCGGGGUCAAACAGAUGGGCGGUUACACUUCCCUGUUGAUGGCCUGGGUCUUUGAGCACUUUCCAGACAGGCUCGUUCGCCGGUAUGCGAACCCGGCUUACACAGAGGACCAGCCCAGAGCUCGUAGGUGGACAGAGUCACGGUCGGGGCAUGCUAGGCUUGACGAGAGGCGAGUACUACUUGAUGAGUUGACGGCCGACGACGUCACUUGGACUCCAUAUGAGGCCCACAGGGAAUGGCGACAGCGGGAUGAGAGGGCUUUGUUCUCAGGCUACAUUCGGUGUCCCUAUCCCCCUGCUGUGCGACCUCAUCUUCCGGAGCGGGUCAUGCGACAGUUUGGGUAUAUACAGACGAUCCCGCGCCACCCUAGUGAGAUGGAUAGAUCUCCCGCAGCUGAGGCUGUUGAUGCGGCAUUCGCAGGUUAUGUGCAGUACUCAUUCCCUGAGGGCGACCCUGCUAUAGAGGAGGGACAGGCUGUGGGCGGUUACAUGGAUUGGUACGCUAGAGUGUCUCAUUGUUUCAUCAUACCGGAUGAGAGGAGGAUUGAUCUCAGUGCCGUGGCUGCUUUGCGUAGGGCUUUAGAAGUCCUUGAGUUGUCACUUGAGGUGGAUGAUGCUUUGCUGCCAGGCACACAGGCCCGCGCUUUAACGGAGAGAGCACUUCGCAUCCUCCAGGACUUGGCUGGGACACAGGGCAUUGCUUACGCUGCUGGGAGAGGAGGUCUGGGAGCAGGUGGCCGAGUAGGUGGCCGAGCCGGCGGCCGAGCAGGUGGCCGAGCAGGUGGCCGGGAGGGCGGCAGGGCAGGAGCCAGGGGAGGUCGUAGGGGCAGUAUGACGAGCACAUUUUUCUAUGAUGAUGAAAUGCUGCUUCUAAAACAAGAUAAUGAUGUCAGUGAAGGAAUGUUGCUUCAACAACAAGAUAAUGUUCAGCCUUUAAGUGUGGAUACCACUCAUUUAUGGUCGACCGAUCAGAUAUUUGAAACUGUUGAUGACCUUAAACAAUGGGCUAAGAAUGUUGGGAAGGACAAUGGAUAUGCGAUUGUGACUGGAAGGUCUGAUUAUUCCAGAAAAGGUGGAAAUAUGUAUAUUGUUCUGCGGUGCUCGAAGCAUGGUGUGUACAUCCCGUACAAGGACCCUAAGUCCUUCAAGUACAACUCCACCGGAUCACAAAAAUGUGAUUGUCCUUUUAAACUUAAAGGACGACCUACGGAGGGUGAUAAAAAUUGGUGGCUGAAAGUGUUGGAAGGGGUACACAACCAUGAACCAGCUGGAUCUUUGGUUGGCCAUUCCUAUGCUGGUCGACUAACAGAAGAAGAGAAGGUUCAAGUCGACAGCAUGAAUAACAAUUGGGUCCCACCGAGACACAUGUUGGCCACUUUGAAGGAAAAUAAUCCGGGUAACUUGUCUACCAUCACUAAAGUGUAUAAUCGCAUCAAAAAAGUUAAAGAAUUAGACCGCGGGCCACUUACAGAGAUGCAAUAUUUGCUGAAGAAGUUGGCAGAAGCCAACUAUGUUCACUUUGAAAGACAUGAAGAAGAUUCGGGUGUCAUUAUGGAACUUUUCUGGGCUCAUCCUAAUGCUAUUAAACUCUUCAACACAUUCCCUCACGUGGUAAUCAUGGAUUGCACAUACAAGACAAACAAAUUUCAAAUUCCAUUGCUUGAAAUGGUUGGCCUCACUUCUACUGGUCUGACUUACUCCAUUGCAUUUUGCUACAUGACUCGUGAGCGCACACCUGACUAUGUUUGGGCCUUGGAGUGCAUGAAAUCUCUACUUGCUGACCCUGCCCGACUACCUGGAGUGAUUGUGACUGAUAGGGAAUUGGCUUUACUCAGUGCUGUUCGGAAUAUUUUUCCUGAGGCUACCCAUUUACUAUGCCUAUUCCACAUAAACAAGAAUGUUGAGGCAAAGUGCAAAUUGUGGGUUGACACAACGGAUUUUAAAGCCUUAGUGAUGCAAAAGUGGAAUGAAGUGGUAUAUGCGGAAACAACUACACAAUUUGAGGAGGAAUGGAGCGACAUGUGUGAUAUGUGUAAGGAUCAUCCAAGGUUCACAUCGUACAUUUAUGACACUUGGUUGGUUCACAAGGAGAAAUUUGUGAAGGCAUGGACAAACAGAGUGAAGCAUUUUGGAACGACAACAAGUAACAGGGCUGAAAGUGCACAUGCAAGCUUGAAGAAGAUGCUUAGGAAUGGCAAGGGUAACCUGUGCGAUUCAUGGGAAGCAAUUGAUAGGUUGACCAUUGUACGCCACAAUGCAAUACAAGCAUCGUUUGAGCGCAGUAUUAACAUUGUAGAGCACCGUUUCAAGUCUCCAAUGUAUAAGAAUAUGAGAGGAUUCGUUGCUAAACAUGCACUUCACCUAAUGUAUGAUGAACAAAACAGAUUUUGGGGUCAUGGUGAGAAAUGCGGUUGCGUGAUGAAAGUCACUCAUGGACUACCUUGCGCUUGUGCACUUCAGAGUAUUGCCUCAAUUCCGUAUGCAGCAGUUGAUCCAUUCUGGAAGAUACUUUCUUGGGAACAAGUGCCUGUUGUGGAGAGUCAAACCUCAAACAGUGGAUGCAUGCCGCUAGAGAUUGAGGCUUUGUGGGCUCAUUUCAAUACCUUGGAUGAUGCGGGCCAAAGUAUGCUGAGAAGGAAGCUUAAAGAGCUUUAUUGUCCUCAAAUCAGUUCAUUGUGUCCUCCUGAAGUGAAGAUAAAGCACAAUCAAUCGUCCAAGGAGAGGAAAACCAAACCUCCUAGAGGUCAAUCAAUAGGAUCCACCCAGCGUGACCUUUCACAUUGGGAACAUGUUGACAAUCAGACCAAAGAACAAGAAUCGAAAGCUAGCAAGAGGAAACCUAGGCUCACCAAAACUCCUAAAACAACUCCAACAUCGCAAGCUCCUAAGUCAAAGAACAAGAUGGCUAUGACGGCCACCGGCUCCAAAAUCUACUAACCGGAGUUGCCAUCUUUUUUAUGGCCAUAUAUACAUGAAGUGAUAGAUGUUGUCGGGGAUGGUAAUUGUGGAUACAGAGCCGUCGCUGCAUUGCUGGACCUUCAGAACGGUCAGGACGGUUGGCCUCGGGUUAGGGAAGAGCUGAUUGUAGAACUCACACUCUAUGAGAAACACUAUACACGCAUGUGGGGUUAUGAUGUGGUACAAGCCAUGCACAAUCGUCUCACUCUCCCUCCUGAUGGUAGAGCCACUAAAGCCAAAUGGAUGCAUCUACCGGAGAUGGGGUACCUUAUUGCUAACCGGUUUCGGGUGGUUUUCAUCUCCAUCUCGUUAAAAUCUAGUUACACUUACCUUCCGAUGAGAGGAGGCGCCCC